AUGCCUUCAUAUGCUAAAUUCAUUAAAGAGAUUCUAUCCAACAAGAAAAAGCUUAAGUAUGAAGAAACCGUCAUUCUUACUGCAGAGUGCAUCACUAUCAUUCAACACAACAUGCCUCCUAAACUGAAAGACCCUGGUAGUUUUUCCAUACCAUGCGUAAUCGGAAAGUUUAUCAUAGACAAAGCUCUAUGCAAUUUAGGAGCCACUGUUAGUUUAAUGCCCUUAUCCACAUGCGAAAAACUCAAUUUGGGAGAAUUAAGACCAACAAAGAUGUCUCUACAACUAGCUGACCGUUCCGUUAAAUUUCCCAUAGGUAUGCUAGAGAACGUUCCCGUUCAAAUAAGACAAUUCUAUAUUCCUACCGACUUUGUGAUAAUGGAUAUAAAGGAGGAUUCCCACAUCCCUAUUAUCUUAGGAAAACUCUUUUCAGCCACAGCUAGAGCCAUCAUAGAUGUGAAGAAAGAAGGCUAA